CAUUUCAGUUAUUGUUUGCGUUUUAUUCCAGAUUUUCCGCCGUACAAAUCAUGGUGGAUUUAGGAGGCUAUGUAAUCAUUCUGGUAGAAACCAAAGAGAAAAAGAUUAAGCUUUAUGGUUCGCCCGCUGAUAACGAUAAUCUAGAAAUCGGUGACGAAAUUUUAGAAGUAAAUGGUAAAACUUUAGAGGACGCCAAUCAUACGGAAGUUAUUAAUCACAUCCAUCAGUGUAUAAGAUCCAGAACAAUAUGCCUUCGUGUAAAGAGAAGGACUGGGGCCCGUUUAGGUAAGUCAAGUAUUAAUCUGCUUGUUCACGUAAAAUGUAAAAUAGUGGCUUUUAUUGAGGUUUCAUGGAAAUUCGCUAGUAUCCAAGUCGGGCAUGUUUUGAAACUAAACAUACAAGACUUUUAAGUGUAAGGUCAAUUCAGUUAAAAUCU